AUGUCAGAGAAAAAACGAGGUUCAGACACUCGUCCCAAAAGUGGCCUCCGCAGUUGGAGUGCAGACAGUUAUGUUUGGCGGGGAAAGAAACGCUCCCGGAGCUCUCGCAACGGGUCGACUCCUGGAGGACUAGAGGUGGAGGGGACGGAGGAGCUGGGUGUGCGGUCAACAUCAUGUCCGAGGCGGCGCAGAGAGAGAAAGUGUAGCUGCAGCACUCUUGGGGAUGCAUUGACGUCUGCAGACAUUGAUGUGGUGUGUCGGAAGGCCUUGUCCCACCGCUCACUGCGACAAAAGUUUCAGGAUGCCGUGGGUCAGUGUUUUCCUCUGCGCUCUAACCAUCACCAUCAUCAUCACCACCAUUCACUAGGUUCCUCACGCCCCUUCUCAGUGCUCUUCUGGUCCAAACGCAAGAUCCACGUCUCAGAACUCAUGCAAGAAAAGUGUCCCUUCUCCCCCAAAUCUGAACUGGCCCGAUGUUGGCACCUUAUUAAAAAUCAAGCAACCCACCAGAAUGCCCUCAAGGACAUGGAGACUCCUCUCAAACCCAAUGUUUCAACUUCCUCUAGCUCCCCACCAAUGACCCCUCUCUCCUGGGAUGACAUCUGCUGCUCUCCUGGUCCUGGAGGCACCAGUCUCGAGGACUGGGACCCUUCUUGUUCUCAUGGAGGAGCAGAGGGCAGCUGUGGCCAUACUGACUACAUCCUUGUUCCAGAUCUUCUUCAGAUCAACAACAGCUCCUGUUACUGGGGUGUGUUGAACCGCUUUGAGGCGGAGGAGCUGCUUGAGGGCAAACCAGAGGGGACCUUUCUGCUCCGAGACUCAGCCCAGGACGAGUUUCUCUUCUCAGUCAGCUUCCGCCGCUACAGCCGCUCCCUGCACGCACGCAUUGAGCAGAACGACAAACGCUUCAGCUUUGAUGUGCGUGACCCGUGCAUGUACCGGGAUCCCAGUGUGACCGGACUACUGAGACACUACAGUGACCCGGCCACCUGCCUCUUCUUUGAACCCCUCCUUUCCCGGCCGCUUCCAAGGACCUUCCCUUUCACCCUCCAGCACCUGUGCAGGACUGUGAUCUGUAGCCACAUCACCUACCACGGCAUAGACAACCUGAUGCUGCCCUACCAGCUCAGGGACUACCUCCGACAGUACCACAUCAAGUGUGAUGGGGCCUGCGCUGUUUGA